AUGAAUACUUUCUUGUGUUGUGGGAUAAGAAAUGGUAUAUUCAUAUCCGUGAAAAAAAUCUCGAAUAAAGAGCGACGCAGACGCCAGAACGAGAACUUGCGCCGGCUGCUGACGCCCAAGAACGCCCUCAUGGUGCUCAAUGAAAUCUUGCCCGGAGAACAGUUGGCCAAUCAAUUCAAGGUGCAGGCGGUGACGAACACGGGCACGCAGUACUACAAGCCCAACCUGCACAGCUUCUGCGCUGAGCUGUGCGUGGACGGCGUCAACUACAAGGGAUUCGGAGAGAACAAGCUGAUAGCGCGCAACAACGCGGCGGAGCAGGCCAUCCGCGACCUCAUGAUCAAGCGCAUGAGCCGCCUCUUCACAGACAACAACGAGGGCGAGGGCGGGUCGGGGGCGGCGGGCGCGGCGGGCGGCGAGCUCGGCGAGGGCGAGGAGUCCGCGGUGCCGAUGAUCCAGCUGGCGUCGUACGCGCUGCACAAGCUGUUCACCGAGUGGGAGUGGGACGGACACAAGGUCCCUCAGCUCAGGCCGCACUCUGUGUCUGAGACGGGUUCGGAGAGCGGGUCCACCAAGGGCAAGGCGGCGAAGGAGGUGCCGGCGCGCGCGGGCGCCAUGCACCCGUGCAUGCUGCUGGCGUACCUGCGGCCGCAGCUGGCGUACCGCGAGCUGCCGGCGCAGGGCACCGCGCCGCAGAACAUGCUCUUCUCCAUGGCCGUCGACGUCGACGGGAACACCUACGUCGGCACCGCGACGAAAAAGAAGGAGGCUCGCAGAUUGGCGGCGAAGGCGGCGUGCGAGGAAAUAUUUAAGGUCACAUUUGAGAAU